AUGUCGGAAUCAUCAUCUGAAAAUAAUCAUUUACCAGAAUCUCUUGCUCAGUUACGUAUAAAAAUUUGUUCUGUACGUUUACCAUCAUCUUGUAAAUUAGUUGAUCUAUGUGUUAUUAUGGAAGUUGAUAGUAAAUAUACGUAUCGUACAGAAAUCAUACGUAAAAAAGGUAAAUCUAAUACAACAACAACAACAACAACGGCAACAAAUCCAGUAAUAACAAUAAAUGAAUCUUUUGAUGCAUUGGUUUCAUUAAAUUCAAAAAUAAAUUUUAAAAUUCUUGCACCAACACGUCUUUUUGGUAAUAAUGAUAUAGGACAAGUUGAAUUUAAUUUAAAAUCAAUUAUUGAAAAUUAUUAUUUAAAUGAACGAAAUAAUAAUAAUGAUGAUAGAUCACCAUCACAUCGUGUUCAAUUACCAUUCCAAAAUCCUACAACAUCAAGCUCAUCUAGAUUAUAUGAUACACGUAAUCCUUCAAUUGGUAUGAUUGAAGUUAUUUUUUAUGGUUCAAUACUUAAACAACAAGUACAACAGAAUAGAUCUUCACAAAUAUUAUCUGAAUCAAAUAUACCUCCAUCAUCUAGUCAUUUAACGUCAGAAAAUGAAACAUCGAAUCAAAUCUUAUCAAAUGAAUCUACAACACAGCAUUUAUCAACUAAUCAAAUGAAUGAAACUACAACAACAACAAGUUUAACCGAACCAAGAAAUUCAGCAAUAGAUGAAGCACGACUAGCUCAGCUUAAACAACAAUUACCAGCUGGAUGGGAACUUCGAUUAGAUAGUCAUAAUCGUCCUUAUUAUGUUGAUCAUAAUCGUCGUCGAACGACAUGGUUACUUGAGCAAGUUAUACUUCCACCUGGUUGGGAAGAACGUGUUGAUGAUCGCGGACGUGUUUAUUAUGUUGAUCAUAAUACUCGUAUAAGUACUUGGAUACCUCCAACUGCUGUUCAUUUAUCAAAUGUUGCACAAUGGCAAAAUCAAUAUGCUAGAAGUCAUUCAGUGUUUAAUCAAUUUGAACAUAGAUUUUUACCGCAAACAGAAAAUAAUACUCAAUCAAAUGAUUCUGCUGAAGAUCCUUUGCCUGAAGGUUGGCAACGAAUGUUUGAUAAUCAAGGACGAUCUUAUUUUAUCAAUCAUUUAUCAAAAACAACUCAAUGGGAAGAUCCUCGACAAAUGAAUAAUAAUUUAUUUGAUAUACCAUUACCACAUGGUUUUGAAAUGUGUUAUACUAAAGAAGGACAAAUGUAUUUUCUUGAUCAUAAUACAAAAACAACGACAUUUCAAGAUCCAAGAAUUAUAUCUUCUUCUAAUUUACCGGAAAUAAAUGCAAAUUCAAAAUCAAUUUCUAAAUGUAAUUUACCAUAUAAAAUUCGACAAUUUCGUUAUUUAUGUUCAACAAAUGUCACAAAUGGACAAUUAAAAUUAACCAUACGUCGAAAUCGUUUAUUUGAUGAUUCAUUAAAUCAUAUAAUGCAAUGUAAAUCAAUUGAACUUCGUCGACGUUUAUAUCUAUCAUUUAAAGGUGAAGAAGCUCUUGAUUAUGGUGGUGUUGCACGUGAAUGGUUUUUUCGUUUAUCACAUGAAGUACUUAAUCCAAUGUAUUGUUUAUUUGAAUAUGCUAGUAAAAAUAAUUAUUAUUUACAAAUAAAUCCAGCAUCAUCAAUUAAUCCUGAUCAUUUAAUUUAUUUUCAAUUCAUUGGUCGUGUUGUUGCUAUGGCACUUUAUCAUGAAAAAUUUAUUGAUAAUGGAUUUAGUUUACCAUUUUAUAAACGUAUGCUUGGCAAAACAUUAACAAUACAUGAUUUAGAAUUAUUAGAUCCAGAAUUUUAUACAAGUUUAUCAUGGAUAAGAGAAAAUAAUUUAGAUGAAAAUGAUGAUUUAGAAUUAUAUUUCAAUACAUCAUAUGAAUUACUUGGAAAAAUCGAAAAUAUUGAAUUGAAACCUGGUGGUAAUGAUAUUAAAUUGGUAGAAGCAAAUAAAUUAGAAUAUUUAGAAUUAAUUACAAAAUGGAGAUUUGCAAGAGGAGUUGAAGAUCAAACGAAAGCAUUUUUACAUGGAUUUAAUGAAGUUGUUCCAUUACAAUGGAUUCAAAUAUUUAAUGAACGUGAAUUAGAAUUACUUUUAUGUGGAAUAUCAAAAAUUGAUAUUGUUGAUUGGGAACGUAAUACUAUAUAUAAACAUUAUACAGAUAAUGCCAAACAAAUUCAAUGGUUUUGGCAAUUUGUACGUGAAAUAACCGAUGAACAACGAGCACGUUUACUUCAAUUUGUUACUGGUACAUGUCGUGUACCAGUUGGUGGUUUUUCUGAAUUACUUGGAUCUAAUGGAGCACAAAAAUUUUGUAUAGAAAAAUAUGGCAAAGAUAAUAUAUUACCGCGAUCACAUACAUGUUUUAAUCGAUUAGAUUUACCACCUUAUAAAAAAUAUGAAAUUCUCAAAGAAAAACUUUUAUUCGCUAUUGAAGAAUGCGAAGGCUUUGGUCAAGAAUAA